GAGCUGCUGCAAACACUCACACACACACACACACACUCUCUCUAGCGUACACGCUCCUAGUGUUGGUCGUCGCUAGCUGGUUCAGUUAGCACCGCGGCAUAAAAAUCUGCCAUUGAAUUAUAUUCAGUGGCACUAAAAAUGAGCGAUAACGGCAAAGGUUAUGGCGAGCGGGAGUCGCGCUCUGCAUCCAGGAGUGUGAGUCCACGGGGCUCUGGGAAGUCGGCAAGCCGCUCCCCAGCUCGUUCACCUGCUCGCUCUAAAGAUGGCUCCCGCCGAUCCCGCUCUAAAUCUCGGUCACGGUCCAGGUCAAAGUCUGGGUCCCACUCACGCCGUGGCUCACGGAGGCGCUAUAGCCGAUCUCGCUCCCGCUCAAGGUCCUAUCGCCGCCGGUCUCACAGUCGGUCCUACAGUGGAGAGCGCCGUCGCAGGAGCCAUAGCCGCUCACCGAUGUCCAACCGGCGCAGGCACAUUGGCAACCGUGCUAAUCCAGACCCAAAUGGUUGCGUGGGAGUGUUUGGCCUGAGCUUGUACACCACAGAGAGGGAUCUGAGAGAAGUCUUCUCCAAAUACGGCCCCCUGGCGGAUGUCUCUAUUGUGUAUGACCAGCAGUCGAGGCGCUCCAGGGGCUUUGCUUUUGUUUAUUUCGAAAACACCGACGAUGCUAAAGAGGCAAAGGAACGAGCCAACGGCAUGGAGCUGGACGGUCGAAGGAUUCGCGUGGACUUCUCCAUCACAAAACGACCCCACACCCCAACCCCUGGAAUCUACAUGGGUCGGCCCACAUAUGGUGGAGGUGGUCCAAGUGGUCCUCGCCGCAACUCACGUGACUACGACCGUGGAUACGAUCGCGGAUACGACCGUGGAUACGACCGAGGAGGCUACGAUCGCUAUGACGACAGAGAUCACUACAGGUCAUACAGAAGGCGCUCGCCGUCCCCAUACUACAGAGGGGCUUACAGGUCUCGGUCCAGAUCGCGGUCCUAUUCUCCCCGUCGCUAUUGAACAUUGCUCUCAAGCCCCUCCACCUCCCACACACAGACAGGAAAUGUUUCUGAGUGGAAUGAUUGAUUUAAGAAUAGAUCUUCUUUCUUCAGGUGAUUGUCACACUUCAGUUUGUAAAUGUCUGUUUGUUAAUGUACAUGACCUGUAUGUGUUUACUGAGAUCAGUUUUGAAGACGUGUCACGUGACAUCACUCAAACUGCCCCCUCAUGUUUUUAAUUUUAAAUGCUUUGGCAACAUCCACCGUAAAAAAAAUAUAUUAAUGUUUUUAUUAAUGUAUUUUUUGUAUACAAAUCGAGUAAAAGUACAUCUUUGAACUGAUUAAAGGGAAGAUGUUUUUUUUUCA